AUGCCUGAAUUUCAGAAGCCACCGAAUUCAAAGAUCGAAAAAGAUAUGAAAAACUACUACCAGCAGAAAAUGGGCUUUUCCAAGAAAAAUAUUUUGAACGAUGGAGUUCUGCCUUCAAAAUUCCAUUGCCAACCUGAUCGCAGAAAGAGAACUUGCGACACUGAAACUUCCCGAUCUGCAUUUGCCAAACGGCAUAGAAGAACCCUUAUUGAGCAAUGUGUUAAUGAUCAUCUACAGCCAAGUCAGCCAAGCCAGCCUGUGGAUGUACCAUUGAUUGAAAAUGUUGAAAAUGUAACAGCAGAACCACAACUUCUUAUGUGUGAUAAAGAUACAUCAACUGAACCAAUCAUAACUGCAGAAAAAUGCAAUCAAUGUAAUCUCAAAGUGCCCUUUAGAAGCAAGGCAGUGCAGACUAAAAUUUUCACUAGGGACACGCUCGUUUCCCCAUUUAAGUUCACAACAACCACCAGCAGUACUUCACCAUUUAAAAUUGAUUGGUGUCCAUGUCAAGCAAAACCAUCAAUAUCGGGCAUUAUCAAUAUAAAGAAAAGAAUUGUCUUUGAAGAAGAAAGAUCAGACAGUGAUGUAUCUAUGGCUAUGGAUGCUCCAAGACCAGAAACCUCAUCUUCGUAUGCAGUUACAUCUUCUUCUAAGUUGUCUGUGUCUAGUUCAAACGUAACAGACACAAAUGAAGAUAUUCUCAAAAUGCAGUCUUUACAGAACAAUUUAAAGCUUAUUGUUAAAAAGCCUAAGAUGUAUAUUGGAAUUCCUGAAGAAUGUUACUUCUUGAUUAAUUUAAUACAUAAGCACACUAAUAUACCACAUGAACACAUCUUGCUGUGUUUGAAAAAAAUUAAGUUGAAUAGUACUUUUUCUGAACUUGAAGAUAACUUUGGAUUAUCAUUAUCAUAUGGCAGUAAAAUAUUUAUGAAAAAUAUUCCAUUAAUAGCUUCCAUUAUGCGCCCAUUCAUAGUAAAAUUAGACAAACUUUCUAUCACUAAAACUUUACCACUUUCAUUUAGACACAAUUAUCAUAAAGUCAGUUGCAUAGUAGAUUGCCUGGAAAUUGACGUACAGAAACCAAGCAAAGCCCUUUUUCAGGCACUAACUUGGUCUGAUUAUAAAAAGGGUAACACAGUAAAAUAUUUAAUAGCUUGCACACCUAAUGGAUUAGUCAAUUAUAUUUCUCCUGGUUUUGGAGGCAGAGCAAGUGAUGUCACCAUCAUAGAAAAUUGUGACUUUUUAAAUGGUUUAGAGCCAGGGACAUUUAUCUUGGCUGAUCGAGGAUUCAAGCAUGUGGAGCAGAUCCUGAAUGAGAAAGGCAUCAAAUUGUUAAGGCCACCUAGUGUAACAUCAGGAUCAAAAUUAUCUAAAGCUGAAGUACGGCAAACAAAAAUCAUUGCUAGCCUUAGAAUUCAUGUAGAGCGAGUAAUAAGGCGUUUGAGAGAGUUCCGCAUGCUGAAGCAACAUUCUGUAGUAAAUCAAAACUUUAUACGUAUUCUUGAUGAUGUAAUUGUAAUAGCAUGUGCAUUAGUUAAUAUUCAGGACUCUCUAAUAAGAUAA